GGAGCGGCAAGAUGGCGGACGGGGACGGCUGGGGUGAAGCCGCGACUGCUGCGGCAUCUCCUGCACCUGCUCUCGGCCUGAGCCCGCCGCUGGGCUGGAGGGAGCGGCUGCGGGCUGGGCUAGCUGGGACAGGGGCUUCGUUGUGGUUCGUGGCUGGGCUGGGGCUGCUGUACGCUCUAAGGGUCCCCCUGAGGCUGUGUGAGAACUUGGCAGCGGUGACAGGAUUUCUAAAUUCAUUGACACCCAAAUUCUAUGUGGCACUUACAGGAACAUCUUCUUUAAUAUCAGGACUAAUAUUCAUAUUUGAAUGGUGGUACUUCCAUAAGCAUGGCACAUCUUUUAUUGAGCAAGUAUCUAUAAGCCAUUUGCGACCACUGAUGGGAGGAACAGAAAGCAGCAUUUCAGAGCCAGGUCCUCCUUCAAGCAACAGAGAAAGUGAAACAAGCAGACAGAAUUUAUCAGAAUGCAAGGUAUGGAGAAACCCUCUAAACCUUUUCAGAGGAGCAGAAUAUAGGAGAUACACUUGGGUGACUGGUAAAGAGCCACUUACAUACUAUGACAUGAACUUGUCAGCACAGGACCAUCAGACCUUUUUCACCUGUGACUCAGACUUUUUGCGUCCUUCAGACACAGUUAUGCAGAAGGCAUGGAGGGAAAGAAAUCCUCCAGCUCGAAUCAAAGCAGCCUAUCAAGCUUUAGAAUUAAACAAUGACUGUGCCACUGCAUAUGUUCUACUGGCUGAGGAAGAAGCAACCACUAUUGUAGAUGCUGAAAGGUUAUUUAAACAGGCACUCAAGGCAGGAGAAACAAUUUAUAGACGAUCACAGCAGUGCCAGCACCAGAGUCCUCAGCAUGAAGCUCAACUCAGAAGAGAUACUAACGUACUAGUAUAUAUUAAAAGAAGAUUGGCAAUGUGUGCAAGAAAAUUAGGAAGAAUAAGAGAAGCAGUUAAAAUAAUGAGAGAUUUGAUGAAAGAAUUUCCUCCUCUUACCAUGUUGAACAUCCAUGAAAAUCUGUUAGAAUCACUUUUAGAAUUACAGGCCUAUGCAGAUGUUCAGGCAGUCCUAGCAAAAUAUGAUGAUAUAAGCCUUCCAAAGUCAGCAGCAAUCUGUUAUACAGCAGCACUGUUGAAAACAAGGACUGUUUCAGAUAAAUUCUCUCCAGAAACGGCCUCCAGAAGAGGAUUAAGCACAGCAGAAAUUAAUGCUGUGGAAGCAAUUCAUAGAGCUGUGGAAUUUAAUCCUCAUGUUCCGAAAUAUUUACUAGAGAUGAAAAGUUUAAUUUUACCUCCAGAACACAUUUUGAAGCGGGGUGAUAGUGAAGCAAUUGCCUAUGCUUUCUUUCAUCUUCAGCACUGGAAACGAAUAGAAGGUGCUCUUAAUCUGUUGCAGUGUACAUGGGAAGGCACUUUUAGAAUGAUUCCAUAUCCAUUAGAGAAAGGACAUCUAUUUUACCCUUAUCCUAGCUGCACAGAGACUGCUGAUAGAGAGCUGUUACCUACCUUUCAUCAUGUUUCUGUUUAUCCCAAGAAGGAGCUUCCCUUUUUCAUCCAUUUUACAGCAGGACUGUGUUCUUCUACAGCAAUGAUAGCCCUUCUCACACACCAAUUUCCUGAAAUCAUGGGUGUUUUUGCUAAAGCUUUUAUAAACACAACCUAUAAAUGCCUUGACAGAAAAUUAGUAAGGAAACUAGAGGCCCAAAUUCUGGUUCUCCACCUCAUGCAUGAACUAGGAGCGCCAACCUCACCAGGAACUUGUUAAAAGUUCAGAGCCUCAGGCACCACUGCAGACCUCCUGAAUCGGAAUCUGCAUUUUAACAACAUCCCCACAUUAUCCUAUAUGCAUAUUAAACUUGAGAAGCCUCGCUCUGUUCUUCUCCACCAAUACGAGGGAUGCAGAACAACUGCUAGUGCCAUAUCAUCCAAGUGGAGAAGCUUUGCCGAGUGGUUAUGAGCAGGGACUCUUGAACCAUUCUACUUUACAUUCUAGCCCUUAUGUUUAUUGGCUGUGCAGCCACAGGUAAGUUAACCUUUUCUAACCUUAAUUAUAAAAUGAGAAUAGUGCUACUGCAUAGAUUUUGGUGAGGGUUAAAUGAACUUAAAAUACAUCAAGUGUUUAGAACUGUGUCUGCCCACAAUAAAAACUAGGUGUUUGUUGUUGUUCCCUUCAGCAGUGUCAUUAUUGUCACUAAAGAACCUCCUUGUUUGGAGGAGUUAUAUUCUAAUAGUAAGUUCAAAAUGCAUUUUUCACAGAAACUGAAGCAUGAAUGGUAACUUGAGUAUCAUUUCAACAAUACUAUUCGCACUAUACCCCGAAUAUAUUAUGUGUAUGUGAACCACAAAGAGGAGAAAUGUUUUAAGUUCCUGGUACUGGAAAACUGCCCUGUAGAAUAAAGCCUGUUGGUAAAUUGCAAGCUGCCCCUGUUAGGAUUUUCAGUUAAGUCAGGAAAUGAUGAAGUAUAUUUGUUUUAUUUUCUAGUACUAAGGAUUGAACCCAGAAGUUGUCUACCAUUGGACUAUAUUCCCAAUUUUUUAAAAGUUUUUAAUUCAGGAUAGUCUAAGUUGGCCAGUCUGGUAUCAAACUUGUCAUCCUCCUAUCUCAGCCUCCUGAAUAGCUGGGAUUACAGAGGUGUACCACCGUAUCCAGAUUAUGAAGUUUUUUUUAUUUUAUUUUAUUUUAUUUUUUGAUAGUGACAAAUUUUUUUAAAGAUUCUUUUCAUACAUGUAUAUAGGAUAAUAAUGUCUGUCUCAAUCUACUGUCUGAAGUAUUUUUGAAAUGUACUGGUAUUUUUACUUGGUAAGGCAAAGCCAUUCAAUAAAAUGUCCUAAGCUGAGCAUGAUCAUGCACGCCUGUAAUCCCAGCGACUCAGGAGGCUGAGACAGGAGAAUCACAAGUUCAGAGCCAGUCUUAGCAAUUUAACGAGGCCCUAAGCAACAUAGUGAAACCCUGUCUCAAAAUUUAAAAAAAAAAAAAAAACUAAAUUUAUUGUUACCAUUGUCUUCCUCAUCUAAUUUUUUUCAUUAGUUCACAUGCUAGAGUGAAUUCAGUUUUAAUUUAUUAAAAUGUAUUUUCAACAAAUUUUUAUGAUGCCAGGCACUGGGAAUUAACGAUUUCUAAUAAUUCUUACUGUACAUCAGAUUUCAGUAAACAGAAGAGAAUGAACUAGAAUGGUUAGUGGUUUUUAUGCCUCUAGUUUUACAUGGUAUAAUGCUCUGUGGAGCAUAAGACCUCAUUUUUAACAAGUUAGGGUCUCCCUACUUUUUUUUCUCCUGGUUGAGAUGAAAACCUGGUCUGACAUUAGACAUACAGCAAUGAAAAAAGUUGCAUAAAUCCCUAGAGAUGUGGAAUGUGCUGAUAUCAGAGCUGAUACUCUCUAAGGCCAGAAUUCCUGAAAAAGGAAAAAUUGCUUUUAAGUGGUAGGUCAUUUUCUCACCUGCUUUGAAGCCUGCUGGGUUAAAUAUGAGAGUUCAAAGUAAGGGUAGCCAGCAAACCAACUGAACUGGAAUCUGAUUCUGCUUAUCUGAAAGGAGCUUCUUUAUUUAAGAGCAGCAGUGCCCUCUCCUUAGAGAACCAAUCUUCAUCUACUCUGGCCCCUUUCAUUUCCCUCUUGCAGAAAAAGCUUUCUCUUUAGUACGGCUCAGGAGGGUGUUAUCACAAAAGUAAAAAGACUAAAGAUUGUCUUUGGGGAUUUCACCUACUUACUUAUGAAUUCAGGCACUGAAUUGAGAAUUGUGUUUGUAUGUAAAAGUUCUUAAGUUGGAUUUUAACUAAAUAGGGCAGUCUUUGCAAUGUUGGCAGAGUUAGGGUAAAGACAGGAAUAGAAAAGAUUCUCAAAUUGUUUUACUAAAGCAAAACUUUGUUGAGUUUCACUAAGCACAUGCUGUAGCUGUGCUGGGGUGGGAAUGGACCUUGUUUCCACAUAUUUCUACUAAUCUUUAUGUGGGAAAAUGUGGUUGGACAUGCCAGUGAUGAAUUUCUGAGCAACUCAUAAUUGGCUGGCUCCACUGUAACUAGGGCCUUACAGUCUGCUUGAUUAAUUCUUUAAGGACUACAUUAGCCAAGUUGUAUGAUUUCCAAAGAUAUAGAAGGUCAGAUGUUACACUAACAAAGGACCUCUCCAUAGAGUGUCUCACUGGGGUUUCUUCAGGCCCUUCCUAAAAAUAAUUAAAAUUUUUCUCUCCAAAUUACAUUUUUCAAAGUAAUAAGCAGAUAUUAUCUGCUUAUAAGUGCCAAGUGUCUUUUACUGAAUAGUGAAAAAAACUUUGGGGAAGGUUUGUCUACUAUUCUCAUUUUUUCCAGGGCAAAGAUCAUCUUAAGAACUAGGAGAGUUGAUAGACAAUUUAAACUCUAUAUUGAUUAUGUACCAGUAGGAAAAAAUAUGAUUAUUUCUAAAGGUUCUUAGUUUUUCAUUGCCGUAACCAGUAACAUGAAAGCUGGUUUUUUUUGUUUUGUUUUUGUUUUUUGCGGUGCUGAGGAUUUGAACCCAGGGCCUUGUGCUUGUGAGGCAAGCACUCUACCAACUGGGCUAUAUCCCCAACCUGAAAGCUGUUUUUAAGUGAAAUAUUUUAAAUAUAUUCUCCAUCUGACUUGGUUAAUGCUAAAAAUGUGUGAUAGUUGCCUACUUCUUUUCUUAAUACACAUGCAUAAGAAAUUAAUGUUCAGAAAUGAAACUGACAGUUUUUUCAUUUUGUUUGAAAAUGGAUUAUUUUUCAAAGCUGUGAGACUUUUUUAGUUCAUAAGGACUAAUAGAGGUUUUGAAACAUUUUGAGUUAUAACUAAGCUUAUAUUCCCAUAAAAUAUUGUUCUGUAACUAUACUAUUUCCACAGUAAUACAUCUGAGAUAUUUCCCAGAGACUUUACAGAUCAUAAAAUGAGCCUAUUAUGUAACAGGUUGAAAAUUUUUAACAUUUACAAUUUCAUUCCAUUGUUAGUGCCUCUAAAGUCUUUAUUUGGAUAGUCUGGUAUAUCCAAUUUUUAUUUUCUGUAUUAGCUGGAUUGUUUGUAGCAAGAUAAAGGUACUCCUUACUUUGCAAAGUUAUUUACCAUGCUUUAUCCUUUUUAUUCUCCCUCAAAAAGACCCAGACAGAAAUUUAUGAAAUUUCUAGUACUGAACUCAUCUUUUCAAAGAAGAAAAUAAGAAUAAAAAAGUUCAGUCAGCGUACUUUUCACUAUACUCACUCCCCAACCCCAUACUGGGAAUUGAACCCAGGGCUCACACAUGCUAGGCAAGUGCUCUAACGCUGAGCUACAUCACAAGCUCUUAUUUUUUUUCUUAUAUAUCUAGGAAGCAGUUUUUUUUUUAAUUCAU